CCCGCCUCUGCCGCCGCAGCCGCCGCGGGUCCGGGCCUGGGCAGGCGGCGGCGGGGCCAUGCUGGGCAAGGACUACAUGCUGGCCAUCGUCCUGGUCAACUGCGACGACAAUCUCUGGAGCGACCAGAGCCUGGAGACAGACCCUGACCUCCCCCCAGGCUGGAGGAAAAUCUGUGACUCUCUGGGCACCUACUACUGGCAUGUGCCGACGGGCACGACGCAAUGGCAGCACCCUGCACGCACCACCAGCCCAGGAGGGCACCCGGAGGCUGAUGGAGAGGAGACACUACAGGGAAGGGAAUGCCAGGCCCCCAGAGCGAAGCACUCGGCAAAGGAUAGGCCCAUUCCCAGCCCCAUGGCUUCACUGACCAGGAGGCCCUCGCUGUCCUGGCAUGGAGAGGACAUCCAGCACAGCGCAGAGCCCGGCUCCAAGUGCUUUGCCGUGCGCUCGCUGGGCUGGGUGGAGAUCCCCGAGGAGGACCUGGCACCGGGCAAGAGCAGCAUUGCCGUCAACAACUGCAUCCAGCAGCUCUCCAACAGCAAGGGCCAGGGCUCUGCAGAGAACCGCGGUGAGGGCCAGGACCUGGUGAUGAUCCUGAAGAAGGACACCAUGAGCCUGGUGGACCCCCUCGACCGCAGCCUCAUCCACCGCCAGCCCAUCCUCAACAUCCGUGUCUGGGGCGUUGGCUGCAACAACGGCAGGGACAGAGACUUCGCCUUCGUGGCCAGUGACAAGGACACCUGCGUCCUCAAGUGUCACGUCUUCCACUGCAACGUGCCCGCCAAGGGCAUCGCCAAGGCCCUGCAUGAGAUGUGCUCCAAGAUCGUGGCCGAGCGAGCCGUGGCCAGCAGCCGCCUGCCCCGCGCUGCCACGCUGGAGCCCAUCUCCACCGAGGACCUGCCACUGCAAGUGGAUAUCCUGGAGGCGGUGAGGCAGUCGAUGCAGACCUACGAGGCGCUGUACAUCGGCAGCCUGCCCGUGCCCAGGGCCAUGGGGAUGGACGUGUUGAACGAGGCCAUCGAGAAGCUGACGAGGCGCCCCGGGCGGGAGAGCUGGACGCCCUCCCUCAUCUACGUGUCGGACACGGCCAUGAGGGUUCAGCCGGCGCAGGAGCCCGAGGAGGCGGCGAACAUCUGGGAGUGCCAGGUGCGGUACGUGACCUUCCUGGGGGUGGGCCGGGACGCGCACACCUUCGCGCUCAUCGUGGACACGGGGCGACGCUUCCAGUGCGCGGCCUUCUGGUGCGAGCCCGACGCCGGCACCAUCUCGGAGGCGGUGCAGGCCGCCUGCAUGGUGAGCCCCGGGCGGCGGGCGGGGGUGGCCCCGGCGCCGCGCCCCCCGCGCUGCCCGCCCUGUCCCCCCGCAGGUGCAGCGGGGGGGGGCGGCGGCGGGGCGGGCGGCGGGGCCCGCAAGAGGGGCCUCUUCUCCUUCCUGGAGGUUUUCCGCCUCCGGCGGGCCCUCCUGCACAGCCCGUAG